AUGGAAUCUCCAAAGCAUCCAUCCUUGAUCCCUAGCUUCCUCUACUCCUCGUCUUCCCCUCCCAGGUCUUUCCUUGUCGACCAGAUGGUGAACUCCAGUCCCAGUCUCGAGAAAUCUCCCUCUCCGCCGCCGCGUUCCUCUCCGACAACGCUCUCCCGGAAGAAUUUCCUUAUCGCGUCUCCCACCGAGCCCGGGAAGAGGAUCGAGAUGUACUCUCCGGCCUUCUACGCCGCCUGUACCUUCGGUGGGAUCCUCAGCUGUGGUCUCACUCACAUGACCGUUACACCUCUUGAUCUUGUCAAGUGCAAUAUGCAGAUUGAUCCCGCAAAGUACAGGAGCAUUUCAUCCGGAUUUGGAGUUUUGCUGAAAGAACAGGGAGCCAGGGGCUUCUUCCGUGGAUGGGUCCCUACUUUGUUGGGCUACAGUGCGCAGGGUGCCUGCAAGUUUGGUUUCUACGAGUUUUUUAAGAAGUACUACUCUGAUCUUGCUGGACCUGAGUACACUGCCAAAUACAAAACCCUCAUCUACCUUGCCGGUUCUGCUUCUGCUGAGAUCAUCGCAGAUGUUGCUCUUUGCCCAUUCGAGGCUGUCAAGGUUCGUGUUCAGACACAGCCUGGUUUUGCCCGCGGAAUGUCUGACGGAUUUCCCAAGUUUAUCAAGUCUGAAGGUGUCGGAGGUUUAUACAAGGGAAUUGGUCCACUCUGGGGACGUCAGAUUCCUUACACAAUGAUGAAGUUUGCUUCUUUUGAGACCAUUGUGGAAAUGAUGUACAAGUAUGCAAUCCCGAGACCCAAGGACCAGUGCAGCAAGGGUCUACAACUUGGGGUGAGUUUCGCAGGAGGUUACGUUGCUGGCGUCUUCUGUGCUAUAGUCUCUCAUCCGGCAGAUAAUUUAGUGUCCUUCCUCAACAACGCCAGAGGAGCAACCGUUGGAGAUGCGGUGAAGAAGAUAGGGCUGCUGGGUCUAUUCACAAGAGGGUUGCCUCUACGAAUUGUGAUGAUAGGGACAUUGACGGGAGCACAGUGGGGUAUCUACGAUGCUUUCAAAGUCUUUGUUGGCCUUCCAACCACUGGUGGUGUUGCUCCAGCCGCCGCCAUCACCCCUGCCGAAGCAAACGCCUAA